GGAUACAAUUAUAAGUAAGGCUAGUUUAGAAAGAAAUAAUAAAAAAGGGCCAGUUAAAAAAAAUGACAUAUAUAGAGUAUAUGAAAGUGGAGGAUAUUUUGAUUUAGAACUUAUGUUGAGAGAAAUUUCAAAUGGUCCAUUUAAUCGAUCUUUUCAGGCUCAAGUACAUAUAAAGGAAGACAAAA